AAAUCAAUAAUAAUGUUAAAUAAUAUAAGUUAUUAUUGGUAUGAUUAUUGGAAAGAGAAUGGCCAUCCAUAUACAAUGAAUAAUUAUUGGAUUUGUAUGAAUGGUCCAACACGUAUAAUAAUGAUUAUUAUUGGUUAUCUUUAUUUUUGUUUAUCAUUAGGCCCAUCAUUAAUGAUGAAUCGUAAACCAUUUGAAUUACGUCGUAUAAUGCUUUGUUAUAAUAUUAUAACCGUUGUGUUGAAUUUAUAUUUUUUCCUUCAAUCAUUAUAUUAUUUAAAAUUUGGUAUACGUUUAUUUGAUUUUAAAUUUCCUGAUCAUAAUAAUAUAACUGUAAAUGAUAUUGAACAAAUAACAUUAAUACAUUUUUAUUUGUGGACAAAAUUAUUCGAUUUAUUUGAUACAAUAUUUUUUGUUUUACGUAAAAAAUAUAAUCAAAUUAGUGGUCUACAUCUUUAUCAUCAUUCAAUCGUACCAUUAUUAGGUUAUUGUGCAUUUUGUAUUGCACCAACAGCACCUUGUUUGGGUAUAUUUCCAUUUUUCAAUACAAUUAUACAUUGUAUUAUGUAUAGUUAUUAUGCAUUGGCUGCCCUAGGACCACGUUUACAACCAUAUCUUUGGUGGAAACGUUAUAUAACACAAUUACAAUUAGCACAAUUUGUUAUAUAUGGUUUAUAUUUGAUACCAUUCUUUAAAUAUCAACAAGGUUAUCCGAUAAAAUUUUGGCGUUUUAUUGCCGCACCGCAACCGAUUAUAUUUUUCUAUUUAUUUUAUCGUUUUUAUAAACAAUCAUAUACGAACGAGGCAUGUAAACUUAAUCAUAAAGAAGUGAUUGAAGAAAAUAAACGACAACAAUUGCCAGCAAAUUGGACAAGAAAACAAGAAUGGGCAAAACGUAAACUUGAAGAAGAUGAAGAACGUGUUCAAGCUGAACAACAAAAUUUAGAUUAUGAAUUGGAAAAAUUAAGAGAUAUACAAGCCGAUCAUGCUGAACAAUGGGAACGACGUCGAUCAGUAAAAAAGAAUCCAGAUAAAGGAUUUUCAAGUUUUGAAGAUUCAGCAGCAAGAAAAUAUGAACGAAUGAUUAAACAGAUAAAACCUGAUAUGGAAGAAUAUGAACAACUUAAACAAACCAUACCUGAAGAACAAUUUUAUGCGGAUAAAAAUUCCUAUGUAUUUGGUGUACAUAAAGAUUCUAAAGAAGCAAUCGAUCGUUUAUUGGAUGAUAUGAAUAAAGAUUGUCAAAAACAAGCAAAAUAUUCUCGACGUCGUGCAUUCGAUGAUGAUAAUGAUAUUGAUUAUAUUAAUGAAAGAAAUAUGCAAUUUAAUAAGAAAAUUGAACGUUUCUAUGGAAAAUAUACAGCCGAAAUCAAACAAAAUUUGGAACGUGGUACGGCCGUUUGAAUUAAGCAAUCAUCAAGAUCAUCAUAAGAAAUCACUCGACUUUAUCCAUUUUUCUUUUUUUUAAAAAAAAACCUAAUAUUUUAAUGUAAAUAUUAAAUGCAAUGAUUACAUGAUACAAUAAAU